CAGUGCCACGUGCCAGUGCCCAUCAGUGCCACAUAUCAGUGCCUACCAGUGCACAUCAAUGCCACCCAUCAGUGCUAGUCAGUGCCACCUAUCAAUGCCAAUCAGUGCCACAUAUCAGUGCUGCCAAUCAGUGCCACCUAUCAGUGCCAGUCAGUGCUGCCUAUUAGUGCUAGUCAGUGCCGCCUAUCAGUGUGCAUCAGUGCCACCUAUCAGUGCCCGUCAGUGCCGCCUAACAGUGCCAGUCAGUGCCACCUAACAGUGCCAUAUAUCAGUGCCGCCUAUCAGUGCCAUAUAUCAUUGCUGCCUUUCAGUGCCCAUCAGUGAUGCCUGUCAAUGCCCAUCCUUGCCACCUACGAGUGCCUCCUCAUCAGUGCCCAUCAGUGCCACCUAUCAGUGCCCAUCACUGCAGCCUCAUUAG